GCCCAGCCUCUUCUGGUAGACACCACAACACCACAACAUGCAUUCAACCAGCAAGAAUGCCACAAAGCAGAUGUGUGGUUUUUGGCUCUAACGAAUGUGGAUUAUCUCAAUCCACUGUAAUGCAGAUUUGCCCUGUCCCUGUGUAACUAGUCCGAAACACUCCUGGGGAAUUUUGAAGACAUGGCCAAUUAUAAGAACACUUCCUUAUGUUGUGCGUUGCUUCCAUCUAUGUAGCGCUCGCUUGAGAAAAAGGAAUUAAUCCUCUUUAGUGCAUUUGUUCGCUGAUCGCAGCUCAAAUUGGCAGUCCAGUAGGGGUAACGGUAAAGGAACUGCUCUGUUUAACUGCUGAACGGCAGCUCAGUGUGUGUGUUUUACAGCUGCUCCUGCAGGGCCACGCACAAGUCUCAUAUUUCAACCCAAAGGCGCAAGGUGCGGAUGCAAAGUGUAUCAUGGCCUUUCUUUCUCCAAGGGCUUUUUUACUUUCCUUUUGCACUUCCUAGAAACUGACACGUUCCCAGUGCGUUUAUCAUUAGUGAGAACCUGAAAUACAAGAACGGGGCCCGGCCAAGGCAGUGGGAGGGGGUUAGGCAGGCGGAUGAAAACGGAACACACUGAUCAGGUAACUCCAAAGUUCACCUGCACACACAGACACACUCACACACACACCUGUGGAUGACUACUCCUUUGCCCUGGACUCUACAGAAAACAAAACAGGAAAUGAAGGCAUCAGAUGGCUCUUUGCCCUUUCCUACACAGGACAGCAAACGAUGAGAUGUGAUUUUUUUUUUUCCGUCCAAAGGUUGUGCUUUUCUCUCAAGAUCACUUCAAGUUUCCACAUGCCUCUGGAUUACCAGCACUGGAGCCUUGAAUGGACAUUCCGAAUUCAGAUGAUAAGAACCUAAAAAAAAAAGUGGAUUUUCCCUUUAGCCUCCAUGCUCCUCCGUCUGGACAUGUGGUCUCCAAGAACAGCACUUCUCCUCCUCUGGUGCUCAGGUUACUGCUGCUAUGACUGCAAUAUGACAAACGCUCACUUUGAGUCUCAGAACUUUUACACUGUGCUCCGCUGGGAAGCAGUAGCUAUCCCGGGUGAAGAGGUCCGCUACCGUGUCCAGUAUAACAAAUACGGAGAAGCUUCGAGACCAAUGGCAGGAUGCCAGAAUAUCUCUAUCCCUUUCUGUAAUCUCACCUCUGUGAUGACUGAUGUUCGCUCUAGAUAUUCUGCCAAGAUUAUGGUCAAUGAGAAAUGUGGUCAAAACGUCGUCUUCACUCCCUCUGAGCAAACAAUCCUCGGAGCUCCAAAGCUGUCCAUAAGCGUGGCCGGGUCCACUGUCACCGUGAGGGCCACAGCACCUAUGGGGCCCCAGAACCUCUCCAUUGACAAAAUCAUCUGCUGGGAGAAAUGCCAGGGAUCCGAUGAAGCCCCCGUUAACUACAUAGUCCGUCUCACACACCCAGAAACCGAAGUUGAAAGGCAACCAUUCGAGAACAAGUCUGGCACGGUCACUCUGCACCAUUUGGAGCUGGGAAAAGAAUACUGUGGCAUUGUACUGUACCAGCUGACCCACCCCGCUGUAAAUCGGCACAGUGAGAACGCCACCUUCUGUGUGACUUUGCCAGCUGUAGGUAAGCCCUGGAUGCAGGUGCUCUUCAUGUCUGGAUUAGUGGCACUUGUCUUCCUCGCCACCCCAGCCUUGGUCCUGUGCCAGCUCUACGUCACAAGGAAGCGUCGUGUGCCUGCAGCGCUGAUCAUGUCAAAAAACAAUACUGUGCCUUACUACCCAGAUCCUCAAGUGGUAAUCGCAGAUGUGAAGAUAUGCUCAGAGUUUAUAAAGAAUACAGACAAGUUUGAACCACAGUCACAUCCUGUUUUGCAUAGGAGAUCAAAUCCUGUAAGUAAUGAAAGUGGCUAUGCAGUCCAGGACCACCACAGCCAAAUUUGGCAAUCCUACACCAAUCCACAGUCGACAUCAGUCGGAACCUGCGACCAAAACACUACAUCCUCUAACAGCUACAGCAUGGUGGUAUCCAUCUCAGUCCCAGGUCCAGAGGAUCCAUCCCAGUUUGCAAAAGAUGGCUGUGUGGGAGACUCCAUUAUGUCUGGAACUUCGGGACAAGUGUGUGCCACAGAGGACAGGGAUUCAUUCCAGGUCUUAUGUAACCCGGAACUAGAACAUGAGAUGGGAAUGGUGGAAUCCAGGUGUGAUCUCCUGAUGCUGCCUGUGUUACGGGACAGCAACGAGAACUUGAAGUUCUCCAGCAUUUUCUUUCAACCUAUGUCUAGUUCUGACCUGGCUCACAGCUCAGAGAACACACCUCCUGUGACAGAUUUGACCCCAGCUGGUGAAAGGUGCCCUUUGCUGACUGAGCUUGUCACCAUGGACGAGUCAGAAUGGCUGGGCAGCGAGUUAGGUUUGAACUGCAGGAGAGCCUACCUUCCAAAUGGAGCUCCUCAGAGCUGUUCUGUGUUCUGCUCUACUGAAACUGCUCCCCUGGCCUUGUUCUCUGACUCCGUGUCAAACUACAGAAGGAACUGGGUACCAGGGAUCUCUCCAGAAACCCAGCUAAACAAAAGGGACUGUACCAUGAGGACUGUGCAGCUACAUGCUUUAGCUGAACAACAGGAAGAGGAAGCGGAGGAGGGGGAAAAGGAAACACAGUCACGUUUCGGCAGCAUCGCUUUGGGUGGGUGGAUGUUACAAAUCCAAGGAUAGUCUUCUAUUCCUGAAGCCUAACUUCUGAGAUAACUGUCGCUUUAGUUUUAAGGGAACACUUCACUCAAAC